GGAAUUUGUUUUCUUUUCCAUCUCAGAUACAGAUACCAGAAGCCAUUUGUACAUCGUCACCUACAGACAAAAUUAGCUCUUGGGCAAAGGGGGCUGAAUGGCCUGCUCUGGUCACUCCUGCGGCCACAGGAAGGUCCUAUGAAUGAAAAGGCCUUUGGAGACCCACAAGAUUCCUGAGACCGAUUCGGAGUUGUGUUACAGGGCAGAGAAAGAAUGGAGGGACGACCUUUAGCAGGUGUGGGAACUGGAAAAGGCCCUUCUCCUCUUCAGCCUGGGAGCUGUGGGGAGAACUGGGCAAGAACUGGGCAGAAGAUCCUGGAGGAGGAAACCGUCUGUUCAGAACUUCAGCCCUGGAACUGCAGGAGCGUCCAAUAUCAGGAGGCCGAGGAUCUCCAAGGACAUUGCAGCCGACUCCACUCCUUGUGUAGUCGAUGGUUGAGAGCAGAAAAACACACCAAAGCGCAGAUGCUGGACCUGGUUGUUCUGGAGCAGUUCCUGGCCCUGCUGCCCCUGCAGGUGGAGCGCUGGGUGCGGGAGUGUGGAGCGGAGACCAGCUGCCAGGCGGUGGCCCUGGCCGAGGGCUUCCUCCUGAGCCAGGCGGAGGAGCAGAAGGAGCAGGUCGGGUUGCAGUCCUUCAGUGUGGACGUCAGAGAUCCUGAGGGAAGGAGGAAUCCAUCCAAUCCCCCUCCGGAGCUGUUUUUCAGGAGGAUCUCUCAGGAAGAUCCAGGUCAGGACACCUCAGCAGGGAAGACUCAGAGAAAGUUGUCUGCUGUUUAUGGUGGAGCUGAACCAGUGAUUGAACCUCCAACUCACGAGGGUCCUGUGUCCUUCGAGGAGGUGGCUGUCUGUUUCUCCGAGGAGGAGUGGUCUCGGCUGGAUCCUUGCCAAAAAGCGCUGCAUUGGGAAGUCAUGCUGGAGAAUUAUAGGAACGUGGCCUCUCUGGCAGGUGAUGGAUGGGAGACGGAGGAUUCCGGUCAAGAGGCGGCAGCACCUUUGCCAACAGCCAGAAAGGAAGUUGCGGAAAAGAUGUUUGGAAAGCAAAGGCCUGAGGAAAACCAGUUAAAAGUGGGGCUGGGGAAAUGCUCUACUUUUCAGUCUGCAGAUAUCAGUGUCUUCUUGGCCAAAAUCGAUCACCAAGAAAAAGGAGUGUGUCCAGGCUGCAGAAAAGUACUCAGAGAUGAAUCAGGAUUAUGUGCCUGUUGCAGAAGCCACUCUGCAGAGAAACAAAAUGAAAGCAGGAGAUGUUCCAGAAGGACCUUCCGUGUUACUUUACGUCAAAGAAUACAAGAAGGAGAAAAACCUUAUAAAUGCCUGGAGUGUGGAAAAUGCUUCAGAUAUUCAGGUUAUCUUACUUCUCAUAAAAGGAUCCACACAGGGGAAAAACCGUAUGAAUGCAAGGAAUGUGCAAAGAGCUUCCAUUUUGCAACAAGCCUUGCUUCCCAUAAUAAGAUUCACACAGGUGAGAAGCCAUAUGAAUGCCUCAAGUGUGGAAAGAACUUCAGUCAAAAAUAUCAGUAUACUGUACAUAACAGAAUCCACACUGGGGAGAAACCAUAUAAGUGCAUGGAGUGCGGAAAGAGCUUCAGAGCUUCAAGUUCUCUUACUUCCCAUAAAAGGAUCCACACUGGGGAAAAACCAUAUAAAUGCCAGGAGUGUGGAAAGAGCUUCAGAGCUUCAAGUUCUCUUACUUCCCAUAAAAGGAUCCACACCGGGGAAAAACCAUAUGAUUGCAAGAACUGUGCAAAGAGCUUCAGACAAAAAUAUCAUUAUAUUGUACAUAACAGAAUCCACACUGGGGAGGAACCAUAUAAAUGCAUGGAGUGUGGAAAGAGCUUCCGCUCUGCAAAACACCUUCCUUCCCAUAAAAGGAUCCACACAGGCGAGAAACCAUAUGAAUGCAAGGAAUGUGGAAAGAGCUUCAGUCAAAAACAUCAUUAUAUUGCACAUAACAGAAUCCACACUGGUGAGAAACCAUAUAAAUGCUUGGAGUGUGGAAAGUGCUUCACUGAGUCUAGUUCCCUCACUUCCCAUAAAAGGAUCCACACUGGUGAGAAACCAUACAAAUGUCUGGAGUGUGGAAAGAGCUUCAGAACCAGCAGUGACUUCAGUUGCCACAAGAGGAUCCACACUGAGGAGAAACCCUAUAAAUGUACAGUGUGUGGAAAGAGCUUCACUCAGAGUGGCCAUCUGGCUUCCCAUAAAAGUAUCCACACAGGGGAGAAACCAUAUCAGUGUGUGGUGUGUGGAAAGAGCUUCAAGAAGAAUAGCAACCUUACUUGCCAUAUGAGAAUCCACACAGGGCAGUAAUCGUAUCAAUGCAGUUACUGUGGGAAAAGCUUCACAAUGGACACUAACUUUGCAUCUCAUAAAAGGAUCCAUACCGGAGGGAAUCCAUAUAAAUGUAUAGUGUGUGGAAGGAGCUUCACGAGGAACGAUAAACUUAUUGCCCAUAUUAGAAUUCACACAGGGGAGAAACCAUAUAAGUGCACUGAGUGUGGAAAGAGCUUCACAAGGAACGAUAAACUUAUUGCCCAUAUUAGAAUUCACACAGGGGAGAAACCAUAUAAGUGCACAGAGUGCGGAAAGAGCUUCACAAGGAAUGAUAAACUUAUCAACCAUAUAAGAAUUCACACGGGGGAGAAACCAUAUAAAUGCAUGGAGUGUGGAAAGAGAUUCACAAAGAGCACAGACCUUACUUCCCAUAAAAGGAUCCACACAAAAGAGAAACCAUAUAAAUGCACAGAGUGUGGAAAGAGCUAUAGUCACUCUAGUAAUCUGAGUACCCAUAAGUGUAUCCACAAAAAGGAGAAACCACAUAAAUGCAUGGAGUGUGGAAAGAGCUUCAUAAGAAGCACAGAUCUUACUUCCCAUAAAAGGAUCCACACAGGGGAGAAACCACAUCAAUGUAUGGAGUGCGGAAGGAGCUUUACACACUACAAUACCCUUACUUCCCAUAAAACCAUCCACACAGGGGAGAAAUCAUAUAAAUGCAUAGAAUGUGGAAAGAGCUUCAGGACAAACAGUUCUCUAACUUCCCACAAAAGGAUCCACACAGGGGAGAAGCCAUAUAAAUGCAUAGAAUGUGGAAGAAGCUUCCGGACAAGCAGUUACCUUACUUUCCAUAAAGCGAUCCAUACAGGGGAGAAACCCUAUCAAUGCAUGGACUGUGGAAAGAGCUUCAAUCACCCCAGCACCCUUACUUCCCACAAAAGGAUCCACACAGGGGAGAAACCCUAUCAAUGCAUGGACUGUGGAAAGAGCUUCAGUCACCCCAGCACCCUUACUUCCCACAAAAGGAUCCACACAGGAGAGAAACCCUAUCAAUGCAUAGAGUGUGGAAAGAGCUUCAAUCACUCCAGCAACCUUGCUUCCCAUAAAAGGAUCCACACAGGGCAACGAAAAUAUAAAUGCCUAGCAUGUGGAAAGGGUUUUACUCAGAGUUCUCACCUUACUUCCCAUAAAAAAAUCCACAGUGAGGAUUAGCUAUAUAAAUGCAUAAAAUGUGGUAAGAGAUUUCAUUUUGGGGAUCUGAUCACCCAUGAAGGAAAGCAGAUGCAAAAUUAACUGGAGUGCUUCAGUGAGAACAUUCAUCUUUCUUGACCUCAAAAGGAGGUAUCUGCAUAUAUUCCAAAUUUGCGACUGAUUUUUCUUGUCUGAGAUCACACCUGGCCUUUGAGAGUGAGCAAUGUCCUACCUUUGAAACACUGGUUGUGUUCAGGAGGAGAUCUAAAUUUGAUUUUCAAGCAAUAUGAAGAUUAGCAUGUUAAGUAAACAUACAUUUACUCCCUUGUAGUUUUAAUGAUUUCCCUUGUCAUGUUAAGAGUUACAGGCUCACGAUCAACCUUAUAAGGAGCUUUGGGAGCUACACUGAAAUUUUGCAAGGGCCCACGUAACCCUUUGGCCGUGGUUGUUCAGAGUUUACUCUGAGCUCUUAGAUGAUAGGGUUGACCCUGCUUUUACUUGCAUUUUUACUCCAAGCAAAGUGUAAAGUGCUAGAGAAAAUCAGAAAAAGUAUUUUUCCUCAUUGUU